AUGGAGUCAAGUUCAACCAAAGCAAUUGAUUUUAAUGUCAGAGAACAGCGAUACCUAACAUCGUGCUCACUACUUACGAACUUAUCGACUAGGCACUCUGAUUAUGAACGGAAGAAGCAACUUAAACUGAUCAGAGAUGAAAAAGAAGAUAUGGGUAGGACAUACCAGUUGGACAGGCUCCUGGACAGGCUAGCCUCCUUGCUCGUGGCCCAUGGAGGUGGCGACUGUGUAGCAGUGACCCUUGGUGGCCUUACGAAUGAUAAGAUCACACUGCUGGCCAGUUACGCAACCUCCGGGUCAGAGGAAGGAGACAGUCUACUUCAGGAAGCAACCCAAAAGUCAGGGAGAACCCAACCUUGGACGCUUGAAGCUACCGUAAAUUUGAGAGCUGAAAAGACCCGAUCUACAGAAGAAAUAAAGUUCCACGGCGAGAAAAUUUUCGGAUAUUUAAGUAGUUAUCAUUCGACGACAGACCAACAGGUCCGACAAGACAUCGAUAAAGACUUUUCGAUUCAGCAGAUGUUGUAUUCGAUAAACAAAAUCCAGUCUAGAUACCGAAUUUUGAAUGGCCAUCUGAGAAAGAUACGAAGGGUUGACCUCAGGGAAUACGGACAUAAGGCUGUAGAGCAAUGGGAAAAGGAUUACUAUAUCCCUAUGCCUAGUAGAGGCGAUUUCCAAGACGAAUCACUUGCGGAAAAGUUGCCUCGGGCCUUUCUUGACUUUGAACGCAGUCGUAAUAUGGACGACCGAAGAAGGCAACUUAAAGAAUAUAUAACUACUCAUCCGAGGAUGCCGACAAGCGUUCUUUCAAGAGAUGAGUUUAUUAUAUGGCAUGAACUAUUUCUAUGGCUAUUUAGAGCCGUAGGCCAAGUAAUAGAAACUUGUACCGCAGCGAAGAACGCCAAAGGGUCGCAAGAUGAAGGUACCAAUUCUUAUAACCGUCUUAACAAAUGUGCGGAAAUACUAGAUGCGUUUUUCCAGCUGGUUGUGAAAGUAGUCGACGGCUCGUGCAUAUUCAGAAGGUGGGCUGCGAUACUUCAAAAGAUCGUUGAUGGAGAGGGUGAAAAGCGUGCAAGGCGGGAUGAUACUGAAUUGCUCAAAAUCUUUCCUGAUGCGUCCCAAGAACAAGCCGCCGGACCCGCGCAAACUCCAUCAAUAGAUCCUGAGGAGCACAAUUUGGAAAUUGAACAGGAGAGCCAAGCUGUCGCUGGGGAGCAGAAACAGGGAACAUUCCGAAAAAUAGUUGGUACAAUUCGGGGAACGUUCAAGAGGAAGAAAGCAGCAGACAGCCAGUCUAGAAAUAGGCCGAAUAUUGAUUUAACAGGAGGUACUUUAAGACGCAUGUUUGGAAAGCCUGUAACCUGGAUUAAGACGGGUGGUCGAAAACGUGAAGGGUUGGAAGGUAUCAUUGAUCCACAAGCAUUAGUUGCUACCUCUGAGGUUAAUUCUGGUGGUCAGGAAGAAUCUAUGGAAACCCCCAAAGGUGGAGAUGCCCAGAAAACGACGGAAGAUGGGGAUGGUGGUAUCGCCUUGAAAACUUCAACAAAAGCCUUACCGAUUCCCGGAAAGCAGAGCGAGUCGUCAUUGAACGAGGAUGCUUAUGAGGAGAAUGAGGAAGAAGAUGGAGAUGAUUUCGACUUGGUGAUCACGAAAGUUGCUAAGGAAGUCCCAGAAACACCUCAAAAUACGAUUUUUAGGUUGGUUUAUCCCUUGACGGACUACCAACUGAUCGUUCGCGCGGUGCUUCAGGACAGAAAUAUUGCGACCCAGAUCAGAGGACGUGGGUUUGAAUUGCAAGUUAUCACAGCUGGAAGACCUCAGUCUCUGUUGAAAACCGAGCGACUUGAAGAAACACUGCGUCGGUUUUUUAGCGUGAAGAGUCCAAAGAGUAACCCAUUGGAAAUACAAAGCCAGAUAACCAGUUUCAUUCAUAAUUUGGAGAAAAUUAUAACUUCGAAAUCCCGUCUCCAGCAGGUGCUUGAUCAUCAAAACGAAGGCCAUGCGGUCCUCGCACCCCAACAUGCGGAGCUAUUACUCCUCGAGCAUAUGGUGCAGCAAAAACCUCGGUCGACCUAUGGGUACAUUGGCAUUUCAAAACGGCCAUGUUUCGUUUGCGAAAACAUAUUACACUUGCAUAAACCUAACAUUCGAACGCGGAAGGGACAUGGCCAUGUCUACGUGUCCGAAAUACCUAAAGGGUUGGGAGCCAAUACCAUAGAAAAUGUUUUUGAUAUUGUUGAAGAGUUGGCGAAAAAUAUUACUGUACAAGCAUCCCCUGAUGAAAUCAAGCCGAAGUCGAGUGAUACGACUUACAGCCACCAUGCAGGCAUCUAUGGGCGGGGGGCUCGAUCCCCCCCUGUCGGCAGUCUUGAGGAUCUCAGAGAAUACGGGGAAAUUGAAAGGGAAGAGAGAAUUUAA